AUGGACGGUGGUACUAAUAGCGCAGAACCAAGCGAAGUUUCAAGUCCUUUGCUUUCCACAGAAUUACAAGCUUAUGCUGGUAACGAUGGGGUUGAGUGUGAGGAAAAGAGGCAGAAAGAAACUUGGUCGGUACCACCUAUUCUUAUACUUACCACCCUUGUUGCUGUUUCUGGUUCUUACGUUUUUGGGGCUGCUGUGGGAUAUUCGUCUCCUGCUCAAACUGGAAUCAUGGAUGAUCUCAAUUUCGGCGUGGCUGAGUAUUCACUUUUUGGAUCAAUACUGACAAUUGGAGCAAUGUUUGGUGCCAUCGUAAGUGGUAGACUAGCAGACUACGCAGGUCGACGAGCCGCUAUGGGCUUCUCCGAAGUAUUCUGCAUCUUGGGAUGGCUUGCCAUAGCAUUCUCAAAGGUUUACUACUUCAUAGACUUCAUCUCAUGUUUCUCAGAAGAUGCUUACAUGACAGUUGCAUAUGAUCCUGUUGGCUGGUGGCUUUAUGUUGGAAGGUUGUUGGUAGGGUGUGGGAUGGGCCUUCUAUCUUAUGUGGUACCAGUUUAUGUAGCUGAAAUAACACCCAAGAAUCUCCGAGGGGGAUUCACAUCAGUUCAUCAGUUAAUGAUUUGUUGUGGGGCAUCAUUGACUUAUCUUAUUGGAGCGUUCUUUAAUUGGCGGAUUUUGGCUCUAAUAGGAACUAUUCCGUGUCUUGUACAACUUUUGGGUCUAUUCUUUAUUCCCGAGUCUCCUAGGUGGUUGGCAAAAUUUGGUCACUGGGAAAAGAGUGAAUCUGUUCUACAGCGUCUUAGAGGAAAGAAUGCUGAUGUUUCUCAAGAAGCCACUGAAAUUAGAGAUUUUACCGAAGCCCUUCAGAGGGAAACAGAAGCUAGCAUUUUUGGCUUAUUUCAAUUGCAGUAUUUGAAAUCACUUACCGUAGGAGUUGGUCUGAUGAUACUACAACAGUUUGGAGGGGUUAACGGCAUUGUUUUUUAUGCAAGUUAUAUAUUCAUCUCUGCUGGAUUUUCGGGAAGUUUUGGAAUGAUAGCAAUGGUUGCUGUUCAGAUUCCAAUGACAACUUUGGGAGUACUUUUGAUGGAUAAAUCUGGGAGACGACCACUUCUGCUGAUCUCUGCAUCGGGAACAUGCUUAGGAUGCUUCCUUGCAGCCCUAUCAUUCUUCUUAAAGGACCUACAUAAAUUGAAGGAAGUCAGUCCCAUUCUGGCACUUGUUGGUGUACUGGUAUAUACAGGAUCAUUCUCUCUUGGCAUGGGGGGAAUCCCCUGGAUUAUAAUGUCUGAGAUAUUUCCCAUUAAUGUGAAGGGCUCUGCAGGAAGUCUUGUAACUUUGGUUAGCUGGCUGUGUUCUUGGAUUGUAUCAUAUGCCUUUAACUUCCUCAUGAGUUGGAGUUCAGCAGGAACUUUCUUCAUAUUCUCCACCAUAUGUGGCUUCACCGUUCUGUUCGUGGCACAACUAGUGCCGGAGACGAAGGGGCGCACACUAGAAGAAGUUCAAGCAUCCCUCAAGAGCUGA